AUGGCUAUACGAUUGUUUGUGCGAAUGAAAAUUAUUCGAGCUGUUGGAAUUGAUGAUGUCGGCGAGAUCGCUGAUGAAGACUAUGUGCCAAUGCUAAAGUCCAUCUACUCGACUCGGCUGCUGUAUGUAAUCGGAAUCAUGUUUGUCAAGCUCUCCUUACUCUGGUUCUAUCUCCGUCUCGAUCAACACGGAUACAUGAAAUGGGCGGUAUAUGCCCUGACAUUUGUGGUGUUGGGAUUGUCAAUUGCGAGUGCCUUGGUUCUCGCAUUUUCCUGUUUCCCACCUGCCAAGUUCUGGGACCUAACUGGGACUGUCCCCGGGAACUGCAUGUCAGCUACAUCCCAGCAAACAUUUUAUGAAGCCAAUGGUGUUCUCAAUAUUGUGACGGAUAUCCUAGUCUACCUAACGCCGAUUCCUAUGUUAUGGAAAGUGCAAAUUCCAUUGAAAGCCGCUUACGGUCUACAGCGCAAAAAGAUCGCUCUCACAGGAGUUUUUGGACUUGGAAUUUUCGCUCUUGCCGCCGGUUGCGUGCGAUAUGCCUAUGUCAAAAUGCUGUCAGGUACCAAAGAGCAGUACUAUGAGCUUGCUGAUUCCCUUAAUUGGUGCAGUAUCGAGAUUUAUGUUGCCAUCUGUUGCGGGUCUGCGCCUUCUUUCUCGGUGCUCAUUAAGACUUACGCCCCUCGUCUUUUCGGGAGUUACUAUGGCGGCCAAAGAUACCAGACCUAUAGCCCCUCUCACCGAGAUCAACCACUACAACGUAUUCCAGAUCGCAAGCAGAGCUGGUUAGGUCAUGAUAAAAAUGACACUACCAUUUCUACUGGAAGCCAGGAGGCCAUUGUGCCCAAUGGGGGAAUCAUGCUGAGAACCGAUUUGCAUACGGAAGUAGGGCCAUCCGAUCCAACGGAGAACCACAUGCGCAGAAAUAAGUAUGAUGGGGGGUUCUAA